UCAAGAUCAAACAGACACAAUUAUUAUGAAUUAUAAUUAUACUAUGUUAGGUAGGUGUAAAAUGUAUAAUAAUAUAAUAUAUAAUUAUAUCAUAAUAAUGUAUAACUAUAUAUUUUACGAAGCAUGAAAAAGGCGGGAAAUUAAGCUUCUGUUAAUGUAGUCCUGUUAAUGUUGAUUAGCAUACCGAUUUAUUAAUUUCUUGUUUUGGAUACCUAGAUAGCGCCAGUGUUGACAAGAACUCGAAGCCCCCGUACCCCGCUCAUUGUGUACAUUAAGGAGGAUUUACCUCUCACACCCUCCAACCUUAUCGUUUCCAGUCCUGUAUAUCUUAGUUCGUGGUUUGGUACAAUCGUGACUGUAACUGCUACCUGGUGUACUACACAACUACUAAACUGAAGCUAUUAAAACUACAAAACAUUAAUUCGUAUUUUAAGAAACUACCUAUUGGCUAUUUAAAGACUUAGUUUAUAGUUUUAGUUUAAAUUGUUUAAAAUACAUUUUAAAAAUGCCUCGGCAAUGUUCCGUGAUUUUGUGUAAGAGUUUAAAAGAAAAACAUGUAACAUUGUUCAAAGUUCCUGCUACUGAUUUCCAUUCUUGGAAUGAAAUUAUUGUCAAAAUAAAUGGGGCUUAUAAUAAACAUAAAGUGUCCUACGUUUGUGCUGAACAUUUCACUGAAGACGAUUUGAUCACAACUUACCGUGGACCAGAUGAUUUAGUAAGAAAAUAUAAAAUAUUUAUUCUAAGAAUUUGUUUUAAAUUAUUAUUUUAUUGCUCACAAUUUAUAAUUAACUAUACGUGAUGGGAAAAAGAAAAAAAAUGGCAUUAAAAAAAGGUGCGAUUCCAUCAAUUUUUAAUUUUCCAUUAAAUACGUCUGGAAAUGCCGAAUGUGAUUCAAUGGUUCCUGCAUCUUGUAGAAAAGAAUUAUUUGGUGAACCCCCAUCUAAACGUAUAUGUACAACAGUAUCCUCACAAGACCCAUUUUCAUCUUUCAAAGGAUUGUUAUUGCCAGUUGGAUGGAUAUUAUACCAAGAUUUAUGUAUGGUAUCAUUGUAUAAACUAAAUAAAUCAUCAAAUGAGAUAAAAAUAAUUAUUGAAAAACAAAUUGUUUUUCAAUCAAGUAAUUUGAACAUAAGCUAUUUUGUAAACCAAAAACGCCAGGACUCAAAAAUGUUAGGUCUAAAACAGUUAACAUACCCACUGGACAUGAUUGAAAUUGCCAAUACUGUUCAAUUAUUUGAUAAUCAACUUAUUUGUCGAGGGGGCCCAAGUGUCAUAAACUUUCCAGGUAUUCACAUAAAAAACACUCACUUAGAAGGUACAAUAUGGCGCCAUGAUAAAUGUUCUAUUCUAACUGAUUUGAAAAAGAGAUGCGGAAAAUGCAAUUUAUUAUUUCCUCAAUUUAGGACUUAUAAAAAAAGAUUGACUAAAUUAGUAAAUACAUAG